GUAGUCCGCCCCCUCACAGAGUUACAAUCCCCAGCGAGGCUCAACGAACCCUAGAACGGUCUCAAUAAUACGUGUAUUAAAGAGAGCAUUCAACGAACAGGGGUUGGGGGUGGAUAACCGAUAUGGGCUGCGAUUCUAAACACAUUUACUUGCCAGUAAGCUCACUGGGACCCCAUGAAACUUCUGCGUAAGGUGCAAAAAAACCCCUAACUAUAAGCCCUUACAGGCAAGGUACCAGCCACUCCUCCUCCAGGAGGAGCCAAGGAACCCACAGCAGAUCCAGCCCAGCCCACUGUCGUAAGCGGCGGACUUGGGGGGCCGUAAAGCGACAGGGGAGGAAAUCCACGUGGGAAGCGGAGCAGGAAGUUCGGCAACAUGGGGAAGAGGAAAGCUCGCCGGCAGCAGCAGCUGAUCAGCAGCUUGAGUAAGAAGCAGAAGAAGCACCUCAAGGAUUUCGGGGAGGAGCACCCAUUCUACGACCGGUGAGCGGGGCUUGUUUGAAUAGCGUCUAAGGUGAAGGAUCUGUUUGUUGCCUGCAACGAUUUCCCUACAGUAGCCUUCCCUGAGUCGGCGCUCUCCUGGUGUUGUCGGACUACGACUCCCAUCGACCCUGGUAACUGGCCCUGCCGGCUAAGGAUGAUGGGAGUUGGAGUCUAACAACGUCUGGAGAGCCACAAUUUCCCCAUCCCUCACAUAGACUGAAUUGCUAAAGCAGACUGCUCCGCGGAUUUUGGCUGUCCUAAAUGCCCUUCUCCCCACGCCUGCAGCAUUUUCAGUGAUCCAUAGCUGACUAUAUGUCUUCAUUUUCAUUUUUCAAUGGCCUUUGCCUCCUUUCUUCCUGUGUCUUCAUCUCUCACAACUGAUAGAGAGCUGAAAGUUUUUAGUUAUCUGUCCCAGAAUGCAGAGGAUAUUGCCUCCCCAGUCAGAGGCAGUCCAGUCAGCAUCCAUCUGUAUUGGGAGACAAUGGAGGAAUGCACCUAUGGGGGUGACAGCAAACUGUUGGAAGGUUACAGAGCCUGCUGCUGCUGUAGAAACUAGUACUGGAGAGAUAAGUUUUGUUGCAGUUGGGGCAGAUGAAGGCGUCCGGUUGUGCUGCUGCAGAUGCACCAUUGUGUUUCUUCUCUCUGGGAACUGCAGGAGAGGAGUGCUGUUGUGAACAGAUACCACUUGCUGGCUUCCCAUGGACAUCUGGUUGUGAUCCUCAUACUGUGCGCACUUAUCCCACACUCAGCCUCUGUUCACUGUUUUUGCAUGGUUCUGUAGUGCUUCAAAACCCCACAAACACUACAGUUUGACAGGAGUGAGCACUGGGGCAAGAGUUGUGCGAUCCACCACAACUCUUUUAGACUGCCGUUGUAUGCACACUUACCAGGGACUAAGCCCUAUAGAGCUCAGUGGGGCUUACAUCUGACUAAACAUGCUUAUUAAAAGCUAUUGCUUGUACCCAGUAUAACUGUAUCUCUGGGCUCCUCUCCUUUCCAAUUAUUCAAUGCCAGAUUCUUCACAAUGUAUUAGGUGAUGCAGCAGCAAUAAUAAUCUGGGACUGAUGCUUUUUUUCCUUCAGCCAUUUGGGGCACAGAAAGGACAACUCACUUGGGAUGGUUUGAUCACAGCUUUCUGUAAAGUUUCCUCUUUUUCGAAAGGUGCAGUUCAGCUCCUUCCAGCUCCCAGGUGGUGUUCACACAGGUGUGUAAAGGCUGCACACAGUAGAGUGAUGCAAGCACUAAGGAACUCUUAAAAUAUUAUUGUCUUUUGGAAAUCUCUUGUUCUGGUUCCAAUCAGGACAUUAUAAGUUGUGAUGGGCAGCUAUGUGCAGUAAUUCUCAUGUCUUCUUGUGCUAAACUCUCCAAAUAUUAAAAGCUACACACCAUUUUGAUUAUUUUUAAUUUUUUUUCAAUCUAUGUAUCAGUCGCUAAAGAUAAAUUAAAUUCAAAUGGUUUCCUUUUAGGGUUUCUGGGAAAGAAAAACCAACUCAAAUCUGUGAACUGGUAAGAGUGACCCUACCUUUUUUUAAGCAUGCCUCUUUUUAUAUGGAUAAAUUAAUGGGAAAUGCUAAUGCAUGAAAACUGACUAAUUGUAUUAACACAGUUAGUUCAAAUUCUAUAGCACAUCCCUCCUCGCUGCCUUUGCUGUUUCCAUCCCUGGUUGCAGUGUAAUUCGAUAGCUCAGUGUGGUGCUAAUAGUGGCAAUGUUGCAGGUUCGAUCCCUGUAUAGGACAGCUGCAUUGUAUUGCAGGGGUUCAGGCUGGAUGAUCCUCAGGGUCCCUUCCAACUCCACAAUUCUAUGGUUUUAUGUGUCUGCUUUAGCGCCUGGUAUUUCACCCAGAAUUUAGGCUUCAGCAUAUCUUGUUGGACUCCACUCACAUCACCCUCAGCCAAGCACAGCCAGUGGUCGAGCAUGGUAGGGAUUGUCAUCCAACAACAUUUGAAAGGCCACAGGUUCCCCAUUCCUGUCCUAGCGCUUGUGACUUCAGAGAAAAGCUUGCAAAUCUGAAAAAGCUGGGGAAGGUUUGCAGAAGCUUGCAGUAAUAACAGAGUAGGACUUCAGCAGUCCCAUCCUCUGGCUCCAGCUCAUUCUCUAUCCCUGCCCCAACCCAUCCCGCUUGCACAACACAUUUCUGCUGUUGCAAAUGGGAAUUCCUUUCCCUCCUUCUUGCAGCUCCCCAGAAGCCCCAAACAUCUGCUCCAAUGAGUUGAGGGAUACUCUAGAGCAGAUAGGGGUGCAGGGGAAGAAGAGAAGUACUGUCAGGGCCCCUGGCGUGCCAUUGGAUCUCACCCAUAACUUGGAUUUCUUAACACAAAACUUGAAAUAUUUAUUAGCAGUUUAAGUCCCAUGGUGAGGCCUGAAUCCCUAUUGGAAGAGAUACAAGUGGUCCGCAUCAGUCUUCUCCAACCUGUUGCUUUCCAGAUGUUUCAGGCUACAGCUGAACACGGCCAGGAGUUGCCCAUCUUGAGGGCACCAUGUUGUAGAAGGACAGUCUACAUGCAUGAGAUCCUAAGUUUAAUCACUGGCAUUACCAGUUAAGAAGGAAACCCCUCAGCCUGUGAACUUUGGAGGGUUGCUGACAUAUAAAAGCUGGAUUUGGAUAGAAUAGUAUAGAAGGUAAUACUAGGCCCAGCAUCCAGUGAUCAGACUCUGUAUCAGUAUGUUUGCAUUAUACGUUAUUUUUUUUCCAUUUCUAGUCAGAAAAUUCUGAACAGUCAAGCUCAGAAAGUGACACAGAGAAUGAUUCUGAACAAGCCUCAGUAUAUCACAAGUUACUGGCCACCUUAAAAACUGCUCCGUAUUCGGACAGUGAGGAUGAUGAAGAUGAAUCAGAAGGAGGAAGCAACAAAGGUGAUUCAGAAGUGGGCAGUGAUGAUGAGUACGAAGAAGUUGAGGGAGAAAUGGAGGACGACGACAAUGACAGCAAUGCGCCUGACCCCCCAGAAUCAGGUAAUCCAGUGCAUCUCAAAUUCUGUAGACCACAGCUCUCAUACGAAUACAACCUACGACUCUUCUUCUUUUUGAUCUGGCAUAGAUCAAGAAGCACCACUGCAGAAAAACAGCCAAGAGGAACCUGGAGAUCCAGAGGCUUCUAGCGACCUGAAACAUGAAGCUACUGAAGAAUUCACAGACGUGCAGCACGAAUCUGAGUUUAGCCUGGAAACCAAUUUCAUAGAAGAAGAGUGCGGUGAUCCUUCUGCAGAUGGGAAAGAAAGCAGUGGUUCUGUAGAUAUUGCAAAAGGUAAAAUGCAUGGUCUUUAUAUUAAAUGUUUGUUGGGUGGGGGAGAGUACCUACAUACAAGCUUCUUGACAUCUCGAAGGACUGCCUUCAGCUCUUUGGACCAGUCUGAGCCCUGUGGUUGAAUUUGGAGGCCCUGUUCAUUGGCAUGCCACUAAGGCCAAUUAAACUGGCAGACACUAGAAACAGGUCCUUUUCAGUGGUGGCCCCUGUCCAAUGGAACUCCCAAGGAAUGUGUGGUUGGCCUCAUCUGUACCUGUUUAAAUUAAGAGGAUUUUUAUUAUGGUUGUUACUGUUUUUUAGAGUCUUGUUUCAAUUGCUUAUUGAAAUUUUGGUCAUUUUUAUGUCUUUAUGUUUUAAAAGGUUUAAUAAUCCUGGUUACUGCUUGCUGGAUUCUUGAUAUUUUAUAUGUAAUAUAUAUAUUAUUGUAUUGUAUUAUAUAAUUGUAACUGUGAUGGUCUUGGUUAUAGGUUCAUAGGUUGCUGCUUAGGGGAGGACAUUAUUCCUUAAUGUAGCCUAAGAACCUUGAGAAAUUGAUUUAAAGCAGAUCUGAGCAGCUGAUGAGCCAUAGAACCCGUCCGUUGCCUUCCACCUGAGGUCAGAUGAACCUCCUCUUUGUGCUGCCUGAUUAAAACUACACAAAGAAGAGUUUGCCAUUGCAUCUGGCAAACCACACAUAGCGAGCUGCGUUUAACUUAAGAGGUCAUCAAUUGUGCAGAUCAGACUUGAACACUAAUAGCUAAUUUGUUUUUUAUUGUCACUAAGUUCAGUUCUCUGGUGGUAGAAAAAAUCUCUUGCCAUUCCUUCCAAAACCUGCUUGGGUUUGCCAAACCUCUUGAGAAUGGGUGUUCCUUUUUUGAGGAAUGACAAGGCUUAUGUGUAUGCUCAUUGUAGAACAGAGGUGGACUGCACUGACUGAGGCAGAUGGGAGCUGGAGUCCUACCACAUCGGGGUGAGGCAGAAGUUCCCCUUUAGCCAUGCUGCUGUUUUCUGUACUAUAGAAUUGCUUUGUCAUGCAAGAUUCUUUUAUGAUUACAUUCUUCUUCUUCUUCUUCUUCUUCUUCUUCUUCUUCUUCUUCUUCUUCUUCUUUUACUGUUAGAUGCAGCAUUUGAGAUCUCUGACAGACCUCUAACAAUUCAUAAUUGCGAUAACAAUUUCCUCCUUCUGAUCAGAUUUCUUUUAAAAAUGUGUAGAGCAGAGUCUAGUUUUCAUAACAUUGUUUUUAUCUCUCCACACAGAUCCAUUUAAGUGUCAUGUCGAAGAAGAACUGGAAGAAAAACAAAUAGAUAAAAUUCUUGCAUGUUCAAAAUCUACCAGCCAAGUCAAGGUAAUAACGUACAUUUAUUUCAUAUUCACUGUGGUUGGUUUCUAUUCCUUAUUUGGUUCAAAACUUGCUGACUCAUCUCUGAAUGUGUUGUGCUCAUCCUCUGUAAAAAAAGAGAAAUAGGGUAUUUUACAGCGUAUCUGAGACUAUUAACAGGAGUUGUGUUUAACCUUAUGUUGUGUUUGUUUCUCCUUUCUAGUGGCCAGCACUGGGUCAGUUAGUGUUUUCUUUAAAAUUGGAGAAGUUUGGAAUGGUUAAGCCAGACAAAGAAGUUGAUUUGAAACGGCUUCAUCUUCGCAAGCCUUUAGGAUCUGCUUGGCCUAAAGUCAACAGCCCAUUCCUUUCCACGCAGGUGAAAUCAAAAGAUCAGCCAUUUACUUUGCUGCAGAAAGAGCUUUUCUGCAUCAUGAAUUCAUACAAGGACUUGUUCUACCCUGAGAGGACUGCUUUAAGCAAUGGGGAAGAAGUCCGUCAAGUCUACUGCCUGCAUGCCCUGAACCACGUCUUGAAGGCAAAUGCCCAAGUGCUUGGCAAUAAUGCCAAGCGAAGGGACCAAAAACCUGGGACUGACGAUGAUAGCUUCAGAGAUCAAGGACUCACAAGACCAAAGGUGAAAGGAUUUCCUUAAUUUGUCGUCAUUGCAUGGAAAACAUGCCUUGGUGUAUGUGGUAUUCCCUAAACAGAGCUGCCAUUGUACAGUAAAGGUGUCCCUUCAAAUCAGCCUAUGAAUCCCUGACCAGUAGGGGAAUGAUUAAAUCUCUUACAACUUGGAAACUGUAAGGUGCCCAUGCUUGGCCAACUGUCCAUGAGUCCAUAAUCAUCAUGCAAUAAGACUUCGAUUGAUUCCACCCAAUAUUUGCUUCUCUUGUGUCUCAAAUGAUGGACCAAUUUUCUUUUUGGACUUGAGUAGAAAACGUUAUUGGAAUCUCCAGGAUCUAUUCCUUGGGGAUGUUUAACUAUUGUAUCAUAACACUGGGUAUGUUUUUUGUUUCUUUGUUUGUUAGAUCUUCAUUUUAAUGCUCAAAUACCAGGGACAGGGAGUUUGAUAAUGAAUGACAAACAUGGUUCAAUAUAUCCCAUGGAGAAUGCUCCUAAUUUCUGUAUAGUUAUCUAGAACUCUCUCAUUCAUAUAUAUGGACCCAGAUAUUUUCUGAACUGCCUUCUCCAGCAGCAAUCUGCCUGCUCACUGAGAUUAUCAUCUGAGACCAUUAUCCAAUCCAACACCACUGGUCUGUGUGUCAAAUGAGGAGAAAACACCAUUUCAUUGGUGGCUCCUCACCUUUGGAAUGCCAUCCACAGGGAGACCCACCUAAUGCCCUUAUUACUGUGAUUUAGGCACCAGUCAUUUUUUUCUACUGUUUUCCCAUGCUUCUUAGAACGGUAAAUUUUAACACAACUUUGAGCAGCUCUCAUUUUCACUGGACUGUUUGAACAGACAAUUGCUGUUUUAGUUUGUUGUGCUAGUUAUUCUCAUUACAAUAUUUUUUUCUAUCUUUCUACUUUGUUAGCUGCCCUGGGUACAAAGAUAAAUUUAUGUUAUAGGUUGGGUAGGAUAUAAAUUCUGCAAAUAAAUACGUAUUUUAAGGAGUAGUCAGUCAGCUAAAGCUAGAUGAGGGGCACAUAAUUUUUUUAAUGGCUAGCCCUAAAUACCUACAAUAUAGCAUCUCACUCUCUGUGUGUCUUCUUUUGAAAAAUAUUUCUUGCUCAAAAUAGAUUUGCUUCUGCAUUUCCCUGCAUAGGUGUUGAUAGUGGUGCCCUUCCGGGAAUCUGCUUUACGUGUGGUGCAGAUUUUCAUCAGCCUCCUUGAAUCGACAAGUCAAAAGAAAAUUGAUGUUAGUAACAAAAAGCGGUUCAAGGGGGAGUUUGGCUCAGAUCCAGAAGAGAAACCGCCCAAUCUGAAAAGGCCAGAAGAUUAUGAAGCUGUCUUUGCUGGGAACAUUGAUGACCACUUCAGGCUAGGUACUGACAUUUUAAGAUCAGUCCUUUUGUGUUCUAAAAAAUAGUUCAAAGCAUUAAGCAUGUUUUACAAGUUUAGGGUUGUUUUUUUGAAUGCCCAGUGGAAGCCCACCAAAUCUCCAAAAUAGUAUUCGAUUUUUUGCGUAGAUUUUUCCCCCCUUGGUAAAGCCAACACUGUCUUGUUUUUAAAUGUAAUUCUCCCUCUUACCAUUUAGACUCCUUAGGGCUGCUUCAUUUAUAGGAAAAACAAUGAAGAGUCACUUGGCACCAAAUUUAUUAUGAUAUUUUGUGGAGUACAGUCCAUUUCAUCAGAUGCAGGAGUUGCAGGUGUGGUUUGAUGUGUAGUGCUGCAAACAGGGAUUUCAAAAGAGAAAGAUACACAAAGUAGUGGGGUUAGCACUUUGUGCUAUCUCAUUUGCUUUAGAUCUCUCUGUUUAUAAUCUUCCACAAACCAUACACACCCACACACACCUGCAAUAUUUUUACCAGUUGCCAGUGAUGUGGGUUUGCUGGGAAAACAAUUCCAGUGCCCAAAAAUGAUUUAAAUGUGGUUUAGCAUGUUUGCUUUCUGAUUAGUUAGUAUGCUGUAAUAACGUUUUACAAAGCAUGCAGUGUAAAUUUUAUACACUGAAUAACUAUCUCUAAUUUUUCUGUAGUUGCCAAAAUUAUUUGUAUGGAACAAUUUCCUUAGUGGGGAAAAAAUAGUCAAGUGCAAUUAAUGCAGCUUAGAUGUUUCAUUCAAAGCCUUACAGAUAUUAUUGAAAUACCUGAAAAUAUUUAAGACAUUAUAAUGACAACACCAAAAACUGUUAGCAUGCUAAUUUCAGCAUGCCAAAAGAGCUGUACAAUUAUAUUGUAUGUGCGUGCAUGCAUUUAUGCUUUUUUACGAAUAGUACUCUGAAAAACGUACAUUGCAACCUUUAAACUUUCCCAGUUUCACUACCAGCAUAUUUGUUCAUCUUGUUACUACGUAAUUUUGAGGAACAAUGCAUUUUCAGAAAUGGACACUCUUUUUCCAUGGAAAAUUCCAUUGCAUUGCAAACAGUUUGCAUGGAAAAUUUGAUUGCAGAACCAUUUUUUUAAAACAACAACAAAGGGCUCAAGCUUGGCCCUGCUUGUAACAUUGAGGCAAAUGCACAAGCUAGACCACAUUGUGUGGGUUGGAUGUGAUUCAAAACAAUUGGUGCUUCAGAAUUAUGGAUGAAGCUGCUGCUACUUAAUUGUCUUUCAUGCUCUCCUUCCUCUGCUUGAGACAUUGCUGCCAAGCAGAGUAGACAGUACUGGCUGAGAUGGGCCAGUGGUCUCAUUCGGCCAUAACUCAGCUCAGUGGAGGACCUUAUAUCCUGCUCCUUUUUGUUUCUUUUAAACUGCUCUGAUCUCCCUUGUCUCUCUACAGCAAGAUUGACUUAAGGUAACAAAAGAUGGUAGGGAGAUGCAGGCCAAUUCGGAAUCUCACUGAGCAUCAGCACUGAGAGCUGUACUGGAUAUACAGCUCCAGCAGCUACGGGCCCAACCACAUUGUGCAGCGUUGAAAAGUAGAUGCCUUGGUGUAUUUCCUCGCUGCCACCUACCACUGCCUAGCAACUGCAUCACUUGUCCUUCCUCCUCAAAAGUGAAGAAGAGGUGGACGUGGACUAAUGUGGAGCGCACAAGAAAACGCUUUGCACAACCAUGGGAAGACAUGCUCAAUAUGGAGAAAUUGGCUGGGACAGAAGCAGUAUGCGGCUGUGUCUUGUGCUGCUUUUGGUCCAGUUGUGCCUUUACCCUGCAUAAAGUUGGACCGUGCCCUGGUAUUUCAGGAGUCACAGAGAGUGUGUCCCCCUCUUCUCAAUCAGCUGGUUGUUGCUCUGUGCAAAACAGGAAAUCUGUCCAUUGGUCCUCUGUGGCAGUGCUGUGAUCUUUGGAAGACCCUUGAGAUCAUCUUCCGAGGUCCUCCUUUAUGUGCCUCCUCCUUGAGAGGUCCGCAGGGUGGCAACAUGAGAACGGGCCUUCUCUGCAGUGGCUCCCUGUCUGUGGAAUGCUCUCCCCAGGGAAGUUCGCCUGGCGCCUUUAUUAUACACCUUUAGGCACCAGGCAAAAACGUUCCUUUUUAACCAGGCCUUUGGUUGAUCUGAUUGAUAUCCUAUGCCCUUUUAAAAUGAGACCCCUGGGUAUAGGGUGGUAUACAAAUUCUAAUAAUAAAAAAUAUUAAUAAUAUUAAUAAUAAUUUGUGCCAUGCCUUCUCCUUACAAACUGGAAAGUGCCCAGGGAAGAGAGAAACUAGGAUAGUGAAGGGUCUGGAAUCCAUUACCUAUGAGGAACAGUUGAAAGAGUUGGGCAUGUAAAGCCUGGAGGAGAGAAGAUUAAGGGGUUUUGUUGUUGUUUAGUCGUCUUAGUCAUGUUCGACUCUCCAUGACCCCAUGAACCAGAGCAUGCCUUGGAAACUCUCACUUUCUUCUCAAAGCUUCUCCUUUUUUAUGUCCAUGGAGUUUUCUUGGCAAAAUACUGGAGUGGUUUGCCAGUUCCUUCUCCAGAAGGGGUUGACAGCAGUCUUAAAAUAUCUGAAGAGUGAUCACACAGAAAAGGGAGAAGACGGGUUCUCCAUUGCUGCUGAAGCCAGGACUUAGAAACAUUCGGAGAAGCUGCCAGAUGAUAAAAGAGCUAUCUGAGGAUGGAACAGACUGCCUUGUGUGGCAGUGGUGGACUUUUAUUUUGCUGGAGGUGUUUAAACAGAAGCUGGGCAGCCAUUUAUCAGGAGUGCGCCCUGCAUUGCAGAUUCUUCACUGAGCAGCGUGUUGGACUAGGUGAAUUCCCAGGUCCCUUCUAACUCUACACUUCGGUAAGCAUAGAGCAAAGCAGCCUGCUAAUCUACCACCAGCACAAGCACACCCCAGCUGCAAUGGUGUGCAAUAAACAUUGUGGAUGCCAAGGUGUGGAAGCUGCAAUAAUUGUUGUGGAGGCAUAGGUGGAGGCAGCCCUUAUUCUGGAGUCGUUGAACCCCUAACGAGCCCUGCACUGCGCUGAAACUAGAAAACCGAAAUCGAAUCUGAUGGCAGUGUUGUAACCGUCACUCUUCUUUGUUGCCCUUGAGGACUGGAGAAAGCAGAAAUUCAGUAAAUGAUCUAGAUGUUGUGUUCGUCUGCAAAAUGGUGAUUGUGCAGCUAGAAUGCCUGCGGCUUCCAGCUGAGCCCUGCUGUACUCUCCCCAGGUGAAGUGAGUCCAAAUGUUGGCUAAACAGAAAGCGUCAAGACUCUUCCAGAAAUUGCAAUUUCAUGCUGGUUUAUUGGUGCAUUAUGCAGAGUCUUUCCCUGUGGCUUGAUGUCUAGGACUCUUGCUAUGAGAGGGCUGCUUUAAAACUUAAUGUUACUUGAAGGUAUUGUCUCAUGAAAGAUAUUGCUUAAUAAUACAGCCAAGAGAUGCAAGUAGUGCGUCAUGACUGCCGCUGAUGGUUUCCUUUUGAUUAAGUCCAGUUGCCAAAUGGCUCCCUUCAGGAUUUCCCUUCCCUGUACGAAUGUGUCUUACCUACUUACUAGGCAUGCUGAAAGAAGCAGAGAAGUUCUCUUCACCGUAGUGACAAACAUGGCGUGUGUUCAUUUUUGUGAUACUGGUUGCUGCAUUGUCACUUAAUGUUGACCCUGUAGGUGUGUUUGGAAUCAGGGAAGCAGCUGAUCCCAAUUCAAACAAGGGAAUUGGAGGAAGGUCUACUAUCCAGUUCAUGUCGUUGGUUCCAUGUAUUUGGACCCACCAGUGGGCUUUACACCAUGGCGGUGGUUGCAUGGAAAUGGGUUGUGCCUCCAUUUAGGAUGGGGAACAUUUUUUACUCCAUGUGCCAGGUCUUUAUCAGGAUCUGCCUUGCAGACUUAAUUUGACGAGUGGGCAGGGCUGCCCACCUGCCAAAAUGCCUUUCACUCUGAUGGGAGUGAGAGAGGAGCCUUUGUGAGUUUCCCUCACCCUUCCCCUUCGAGUCUUUAGUCUCAUGCUGAUCUUGUUCUGCUGCCUAGGCUGUGCAUUUUUUGCUGGGAACAAGAUCAUGCAACUAGUGCAGGAUUAAACCCUGCCUGUCAGCUGGUGUCACCAGUGAUGUCAGCUGAUGGGUGGAUGGUCAUAGGUUUGGGGAAGAUGGCCUGGCAGGCCAAGAUAUGCUCAUGGGCUGGAUGUUCCCCAUCCCUGACUUAGGGCCUAUCCCAAGGGCAGCAUUCCCUCAUGGGCAACCCUAGCUAGCAAUGGGUAGGACCAAAGAAGAAGAAGAAGAAGAGUUUGGAUUUGAUAUCCCGCUUUAUCACUACCCGAAGGAGUCUCAAAGUCACCAACAAUCUCCUUUCCCUUCCUCCCCCACAACAAACACUCUGUGAGGUGAGUGGGGCUGAGAGACUUCAGAGAAGUGUGACUAGCCCAAGGUCACCCAGCAACUGCAUGUGGAGGAGCGGAGACGCGAACCUGGUUCCCCAGAUUACGAGUCCACCACUCUUAACCACUACACCACACUGGCUCUCAGAGACAAAAUUGGGCAGAGUGACACAUGUGAUCAUUGCUUUUUGUAGGUCAUUGCUUUUUGUAGCUGCAUCCACUCAGAGGUUUCUAUGCACACUUGCAUGCUCACCCAACUCACCCAUACAUACACAGCCAUUGUGAUCAGGUGCGAAGGUUGUGAUGGUUCAGAGAGAAAGGAACAACUAUACACAACCGUUCUGGGAUUCUGUGAAAUAAUGACUGUUGAAAUGACUGACUGGUGACUGACUUGCCUGUCUGUGUUUGGGCAGGCGUUUCUGUUCUUCAGAAGAGCAUACGGCUGUACGCGCCUUUUUACUCCUCCGAUAUUAUCAUUGCAUCUCCCCUUGGCCUGAGGACUGUUAUUGGAGCUGAGGGAGAGAACAAGAGAGACUAUGAUUUCCUCUCGUCCAUAGAAAUUCUUAUCAUCGAUGAGGCCGACAUCUACCUAAUGCAGAACUGGGAGCAUGUUUUGGUAAUGCAUCUCCUUACCCCUUCUUACCCUUUUCACUCAUGUAUCAUGCCUCACGAACAGGGUUCACAAGAUAGGUAAUGCAGUAAACAGCCAGCAAAUUUUAACGCGGGUGUUUAAUUUGAACUCAUGGGAUGGAGACAUGUGUUCUGGGUUUCUGAGUGCGGAUGCAUUCUUAAAAUUUAGCGAAGCCGAUUCUCCUUUUGGACUGCCUUCAACAGGCAAGGCUUCCCUCUAGAAGUAGCACAUUGCUUAGAAAUUCUCCUGGCAAGGCUUCCACAAGUAGCAAUGGCCACCAGCUUUAAAAAUAGGAUUACAGUGGUGCCUCGGGUUACAGACACUUCAGGUUACAGACUCCGCUAACCCAGAAAUAGUACCUCAGGUUAAGAACUUUGCUUCAGGGUGAGAACAGAAAUCACGUGGCGGCAGCGGGAGGCCCCAUUAGCUAAAGUGGUGCUUCAGGUUAAGAACAGUUUCAGGUUAAGAACUGACCUCCAGAACGAAUUAAGUUCUUAACCCGAAGUGCCACUGUAGUCAUAUCUGUGGAGGAUAAGGCUAUUCUCUACUUCCACUCUCAGAGGCAUUAUGCCCUGAGUACUGGUUUCUGGGAAUUUCAGAUUGGUAGAGUUCAGCUGUACUGAUGUCUGUGAGAAGCCUGCCAGCAGGACAUCUGGUUGAGCACUGUGAUAACAGGAUGCUGGACUCAAUGGGCCACUGGCCUGAUCCAGCCAGCUCUUCUGAUGUCAUGCUAGAAAAUAGUGGGGAGUUCUUUCUAAGGGCAAAUCAGUUGCAAAGACAUGGAAACUAUGAAAAGCAGCCUAAGCAGCUCCUGUGAUCUCUUCUUGUACCAUAUUAUUUCCUGUGGGCCAGUUGAGAACAUUAGAACCAAUUAAAAGAUUUCAUUUUGUAUGGUUUCUAACACUGGAUGGUUCAAACAACACUUAGAGCAAGCCAGGUGUCGAAUGACCCUCGUUUCACUAAACACAUGCUGCUGCAGUGAUCAUUGACAGUCUCUUGGAUGCUGCAGAACGAUUUUCCAGAAAUGAGCUUGAGAGGCAACAAAAGCCUCCUAGCAACAACAGCCAAAGAGCUGUUAGGAACAUAAGGAAGCUGCCAAAUACUGAGUCGGACCUUUGGUCUGUCUAGCUCAGUAUUGUCUCGGCACCAGGCGAGAAUGUUUCUUUAUAACCAGGUCUUUGGCUGAUUAAACAAUCUAUGGCCUUUAAAAUGUGCUCAUGGGAGGGGGGGUUAUUGAUUUGAUUGUUUUGUGUUCUCAUGUUGUAUUUUUAUGUUGUGAACUGCCCUGUGGUCUUUGGAUGAAGGGCAGUAUACCAACAAUUCUGUACUGGCUGGCAAUGGCUCUCCCAAGUUUUCAGACGCAUGACUUUCCUCUCCCUGGAGAUGCCAAGGAUUGAACCUACGGCCUUCUGUAUUCAGACUGGUGCGCUACCAGUGAGCCAAAUCCGCUGCUCAGUUUCAGCCAGGAAAGGAGUUUAAUAGUUCAGAUUUGCAUUCACGUGGCUCAUUUUAGUAUAAUGCACAAACUUUUCAGGGUUCUCUUUCCUUGAUUUUCCUCUUCCUGCAAACCAAUCCAGAUUGACGGACAUCUUCCUUUUCUUUUUAAAAUCUGCUCACAGCACCUGAUGAACCACAUUAACCUGUUGCCUUUGGAGUCUCAUGGGGUGGAUUUCUCGCGGGUGCGAAUGUUCAAUCUGAACAACUGGUCCAAGUAUUAUCGGCAGACGCUGCUGUUCAGCGCCCUCCAGGAUCCACAGAUCAACUCCAUCUUCAAUAAGCACUGCUUCAAUUACAGGGGGCAGGUUAGUGUUCACAUGUGUCUGUAGCCCUUGUAUAGAAGUGAAGAAGGCUUAUUGGCCUUCCAGCAUGACCUUGCAGCAAAGGGCAAUGGGAGGGUGUGUGCUUAUGGACUUACAGAUAAUAAAUCUUCCCAUUCCUAAUGUGUUUUAAUGUCUCAAGACAAGCUGACCUCAGAUUAUUGCUGCCUCCAGUUAUUACAUUUGUCUCCUGCUGCCAAGCUGAUAUUGAAGCUUGUUUGUUAAAAUAUCCCACCACCCCCAUUGUCCCGUUAAAGAUAUAAACCUUGACAGGCAUCGUCCUCAACAGUAAUGUCCUAUUUCUAUCUUCCUUGCACCAACACAAAUCUUCUUUGUUCAUGUAAAAUAAGGGUUGGCAACUAGUAUCCCUGGAGCCAAGCACAACCCUAUGAUGAGUACCCUCUGUCUCUCUUCCUCCCUUAAAUGGUAAUUUAUAGGUACAAAGAGAAAGCAUAGCGUGCAGGAGACUUUCCUGUAAAAGGAAGUGUUUCUUUGGCACUGGAUUCAUGACAGGAAGAAGGAAGUGUCUCCUUUCCCCACAAUUCUUGAUUUACUUGUCAAAUUCACCACUCUCCUUGACAAGUUGAUGGCCACUAGUUAGAGGGUUUUUUAAAAAAGGAUUAAGCCAGUUUGUGGAGGAUAGACAAAUGGCCUUAUUAAGUACUGCUAACCUUGACAGCUGAAUGAAGAGUCCUUUUUCACAGGCAACUUACCAGUUGCUAAAGCUAAAUAAUGAAGGUAGCUGUCAUCGCCAUGCCCUACUUGUUUCUAAGAGCACCCGGCUGUCCGUUGCUGUUGAGAACAGGAUUCUAAAGUAGACAAGGGGGACGUACAAUAAAAUGUCGCAGUUCCAGUUCUAUAUUGGUUUUAUUCUGCUUUAAGGGCAAUGGCAUCCUUCAGUGAAUCCUGGGAAUUGCAGUUGUUUGUUUUUAUUUUUUUAAGUUUUAAGUUUUAAUUUUUUUAAAAAAAUUGUACACUCUUUACACCAGAGGAUUUUACAACCAAAAUAAACCAUAAUACAAACAAGAGCAUGACUUUGCUUUUCAUUCAUGUUAAUCUCCUUCUUUUAACUCCUUGUUCUUAACCUCUUAAAUCACAUAUAUAUCAUUAACAAUUUUCCAAAUGCUGCCCUGUACCUCCCUCCCCCCGUUCCCGUUACUUCCCUUCACCCAUGUGUGAUCUUCUCAACCUAAUAUUUUUUCUCGUUGUGUUAACAAAAGUUUGUAUUUGUUGUUCCAUAUAUGUCAUGACAUCGUCUUGUAUCCUUGCGCAUUUUACCUAUUGCAUGUUAAAUUUAAGCUCCGAAACCAAAUCUUUCCAUGUAUUCCUUUAUGCACUCCCACUCUUUGUAAAUUUUUUGGUUGGAACAUGUUGCAGCUCCAGUUCAGUGUCCCCUUUCUCAAUAGGAUGUUCCAUUCUGUUUCCCCCUCCUGUGUAGUUUUCCAUUUUUCCACCCCAAGAGGCAGCCAGUGUUCUGGGUAUGCGAAGCACCCUCAGUCCUCAUUAGGCUGUUUUGCGUCUCUUAGUCCCCUGAGCAAGGAAAAUAUUGUUUAUAUAUUUGCAAACCUUGGGCAGAGGGAGCGUUUGGGUUACAUAAGCAAAUGGCACUCAUGCCUGAGUGCUGGUUAUAGAGGGAAUGAAGAACCAAACUGUUCCAAGCCGGUAAGCCAACUCUUAGCCUUUCCAUGAGAGUUGAUCUCAGAUGUAACCUGUCUGUUCUAACAUUGCCUUCAUUUGCCUGUUGUGUUUGCUUCUUGCAGGUAGCGGUAAGGAACAUACCUCUGAAGGGCUCUAUAAGCCACGUUGUAGUACAGCUUCCUCAUGUUUUUCGCAAGCUGGAAGCAGAAAAUUCCAUUUCUGCAAUAGAUGCCAGGUAAUGUGGUCGUUUCAGCUGUGCUCUUCUGACAUUAGGUUCAGAUUUGGUGCUCAGUAGAGUGUAGCAUUGUGGAAAGAGUGUGUGUGUGUGUGUGUGUGUGUGUGUGCAGGCAAUGGGCAGGGGAAUAAAUUUUUAAAAUCCAAGGAAACCAACACAGCCUGCUGAAUGGCAACAUUAUGCACACCAGAAUCUUCGGCUAACCUCCUGCGGUGCUAUAGAAACCUCAAUCCUAUAUACUAAUAGCAAACUCCUUCUCCUAGCACUGAUCUUUAUGCAGGCAAAACGGCACCAUCUGCAGACAAGGAGGAGGUGUCAGCAGGGGACCUCAAGCCUUGCCAAAGUGCAGUGAAUCUUUAGCCAGGGGGCAGGCAGGGAAGCCUAGCAGGCAGACCCCAGAAACAGCACAAUGAGGACUGGGCACACUCUGUAGGCAAAGAUUGCUACCUACCAGGACUCUGGGGAGAUAAUAAUAAUAAUAAUAAUAAUAAUAAUAAUAAUAAUUUUUAUUAUUUAUACCCCGCCCUCCCCAGCCAAGACCGGGCUCAGUGCGGCUAACACCAGAUAUAAAAACAAUGGAUUAAAAUACAACUUAAAAACAAGAUUAAAAUACAGCAUUAAAAUGCAGCCUCAUUUCAGUAGAAACUCAAAUCAAAAACUUUUUGGGGAUGAAAACAUCAAAUCUUUACCAAGGCCAACUAUCCAGACUGGUCCUACGUGGGCCAGAAAAAAGCCAGGGAAGUCCCCAAAUAGGGGAUUCCAUCACAGAAGGAAAAGGAAAGAGGGGAAGGGGAUCAGGCUGGUUCCAAGCCAAAGGCCAGGCGGAACAACUCUGUCUUACAGGCCCUGCGGAAAGAAAUCAGAUCCUGCAGGGCCCUGGUCUCAUGAGACAGGGCGUUCCACCAGGCCAGAGCCAGUGUUGAAAAGGCCCUGGCUCUGGUUGAGGCUAAUCUGACUUCCUUAGGACCUGGGACCACUAGGGUGUUGCUAUUUAUGGACCUUAAGGUCCUCCGCGGGGCAUACCAGGAGAGAAUAGAAAACCAGAGGAUGGAACUCUGGAAGAUGGCAACCCUGAACAACUCUGCACUGAAACACUCUGUUGCCGGUCCCAAUUAUUUUCCUUGGGCAUUAGACACUUGCCUUGUGGAGGACUCCUAAACGUUUCCUUGUGGUUAAGUGCUCUGCGUUGCAGCUGCAACAGCCCUCCCCAGUCUGAUGCCCUCCCAAGUGCUUUGGACUGCAUCUCCCAUCACUUGAGCAACAUAAUCACUGCCAUAGUGGAAAUUCCCCAGGUUCCCACUAGAGCUCACCCAGAAAGUUUGAGAGCCAAGUGCCCACUCAGUCUCCAAAAUAUCGUGGGGUGUCCUUUGACCCAUCACCAUCUCUCCGCCUAACCAACCUCACAGGGAUGUUGCAUAGAUAAAUGGGACAGGAGAAACCAUAUAUGUCACCCUGCGGUCCUUGAAGGAAAAGUGGGAUAUGAAUAAUAGUAAAAAUGCGGAGACUCCACACAAUGUUAGAUGCAGUUAGUGGUCUGUCUGCAGUGUUUUUACUAUGAAGACUCUAGUGAUCUGUGUAUAAAUCAUUUUUAUAUGCAUUUACGAUGUUUUUAAUAAGAAUUUUUAUUUUUUUCGCUAGAAAAUACGAUCAAGAAUAAGAUAGCCUGUGGUGCAUGUAAAAAAUAGUCAUAAAGACACAUUUGUGCAUAGCAGCUAAGGGGGAGACCCUCCUUUUGUAUUAAUCAGCAUUAAUAAAACCUCUCCCAAGUGAGAAGGGGGCGACGUCUUUCCCUUAUUCUGCUUAUGUAGGAAAUAAAUUGGAACUAGGCUCCUUCAAAAUGGUCCCUUUUGCAAUAUGUUGAGUAAGACGUGUAUUUACAACGUUAAGAGAGUGUUUGUGUGUGAUAUAUAUUCUACAUUUGCUUUAAGUAAGAUGCUGGGAAUUUUUUUAUUUUUGGAGCAGAAUAACGUGUUUCUGUUUCCUUAAGCAGGUUUCAUUUUUUCAUUGAGAAAGUGUUGCCCGAGUAUCGCGAUGCCGUCAUGUCGCACACACUCAUCUACGUCCCGUCAUAUUUUGAUUACGUGCGCCUUCGGAACUACUUCAAGAAGGAGGAGUUGAGUUUUGUGCACAUCUGUGAAUACACCAGUAAAUCUGGCAUUUCCAGAGCGAGACAAUUCUUCCUAAAGGGAGUGAAGCAAUUUCUGAUUUUUACGGAGCGUUUCCACUUUUAUAAAAGGUAGGCUGGGGUGGUCGCUAAAGUCCAAGUCUUUAAUAGAAGAGGGUGCAUGAGUUAUACUUGCUCCCCCCAAAAAUGAAUAAUGUGUCGUAAUUAGGAUUAAAUGUGGAAUUUUUCACACAGCACUGGAAGAUUUCUUAAAUGUGUAUUAUUUUCAUCACCUAUGCAGCACCAUCAAUGUAGAUGCUGCUCCGCAGAUCAUAAAUAUAGGCUAAAAGACAAUACACUUCUGGUUUGAUUUCUAAAUGUGUUAAUAACUGAUGUUUCUUGGGCUCAUAUUUCUCCCAUAGAAAGGUAAAAUGUGUCAUGAAAAUCAUUGCCAGCUGAUCAGUAUGUGAUGUUAUGUAUACUUCCAUUUGAACCAAACGUAUUUAAAACGUAUUUAAAUAAAUACGUAUUUAUUUAAUAACAAGGAAGGGCCAUAGCUCACUGGUUGAGAAUGUGCUUUGAGUUUAAUGCCUGACAGCUCCAGAUUUGGCUGGAAGAGACCUCUGUCUGAAAUCCCUGAGAGCUGCUCUUAAUCAGUGUAGACCAGGGGUAGUCAGCCUUUUUAUAACUACCGCCCACUAAUGUAUCUUUCUUGAUGGUAAAAUUUCCUUACCCCCAACCAGUGCUUGAUGGAAGAAGGAUUCUUCUUCCACUGGAACCAGUGCUUGAUGGAAGAAGGAUUCAACUUGUGCCGUAGAACCCCCGUAGAACCCCCUACCACCCACCUAGAACCCUGAAACGCCCACUAAUGGGCGAUAGGGACCAGGUUGGCAACCCCUUGUGUAGACAGUGCUGAGCUAGAUGGAUCAAAGGCCUGACUUGGUAUGAGGAAGUUUCCCUUGUUCCAGAAGUCUGAAUUAAGUGGUAAGAACAAAGGUGGAUAGAGAUGAUCCAGUUUGUCAAGAGGAGAAGGGACCUAGGGGAUGUUACUUUGCUGGUCCACUAGAGGAGUGAUUUUUUAAUAGGAAUCCACGGGGCUUCCUUAUAAAAAUGAUGCCACCUUUGUGAUCUUUGGGGCACCAACUGAAGCCCUUUUGAUUCACCCAAACCUUUUAAAUUUUGAAGGCUGGGCCUCUCAGCAUUUAUAUCUGUAUUUUAAUGGGGGUUUGCUUUUGUUUGCAUUUAUGUAGAUAUCAGUUUGAUAGUUUGUUUUGCAUUGCAUUGUUUUUUACUUAUUCACUGAAAGUCGACCAGAUAACUUUAUGAUAUAGGGCGUCCAACAAAUGCAAAACAUAAAGAAAUAAGGUGGGGAGGGAGGAGGUUCAACAAAUAGCUGCAGGAAGGUUUCUGGUAUCCAGAGACCCUGUUUUUUGGUGGCUAGCAGUCUACAGAAUCUAUUCCACCUCUCUGCAUAAUUCAACUUUUAAUCCUGCUUCACUGCCAGGGGGUGGGUUCAGGAAGUCCCAUUUCCCUUGUUGAAAUCCCAGGGGUCCGUUAAAUUAAAAAGGGGCUGUAUUCUGUUUCAUCUAUAAAGGGUUAAAGUUUCAAAAAGGAAUUUCUGUGCUGCCCGGUUGCAUCUUAAUCAUUUUGAGCCCUCUUGUUUGUUUGCUUUAUUCAGGUACUCAAUUAGAGGCAUCCGGAACCUUAUUUUUUACGAACUGCCCACCUAUCCCCAUUUCUACAGUGAGGUCUGCAAUAUGAUGAAGCUGGCAGGCAGCGAGGAAGAGGCCACCUUGACUUGCACAGUGCUUUACUCAAAAUAUGAUGCUCAAAAGGUGGCUGCGGUGGUGGGUAUCGACCGGGCGGCCCAAAUGCUUCAGUCUUCCAAAAAUGUGCACCUUUUCGUCACUGGAGAAACAGAGUGAAAUAAGUGGUGGACUGAGAUUUAGAAUGGACUCCUUGACCUGUUCAGCCUAUUAUUUUGGCCUUGUGCUUCUUCCAGAACAAAUGUUAGAAAAAGAAAGACCGCAUCCACACCAUGCAUUUAAAAUGUGAUUAUACCACACGAGCAGUUAUGGCUCCCUCCCCCCCAAAAUAAUCCUGGGAACUGUAGUUAAGGGUGCUGAGAGUUUUUCCCCCCACAUUUGCUUUUAACUGGUUUGAAUACACUGUCUAAUACAAUACAGCUACAGUAGGGAUCAGCAGCUAGCAGACCCUGGCUCCAGUCCACCCCUCUAGCAAGCACCCUUUAGCCCUACAGUGGCCAGUGGUUGCCAGCUGUUCUUUAGGGUCUGGUCCAUCAUUCUCCACCUGUUCCUUGAUGUGACCUUCAGUAAAGCUAGAUGCUGACCAGAACACUGUGGUGCCCAGAAAAACACAGCCAGUCAGUCACUAACCCUUUGGAUAACUAUAAACAUCAAACAUGUGAGAAAUGUCUUGUUAAAAAAAAUAUUAUGGUCUAUUUGUGUUUUGCCAUUGCAUUUAUUAAAAAAAAAUUGUCAAACUUUUUAAAAUCUUUGUAUAGUGAUUGUGUCCUUUAAAUGUCAAAAUAGGCCUAUAGAGCUGUGGUUCACUAGUCUCCGCCAUUGCAUUGCUGUCUAUUUUAGUUUUAAGCUGAUUAACUGUUUCUAAUUCCUCUAGUUCAGGAACUAAACACCAAUAAAGAGGCAAUUCCAUUUC